GCGGGGCCGAGACCCCGGCGGCGGCGGGAUGGCGGCCGAGGGGAAGGUGACGGGGCAGAGCCAGGAACAGUUCCUGCUGCUGGCCAAGGCUGCCCGCGGCGCCGCGCUCGCCAGUCUCAUCCACCAGGUGCUGGAGGCCCCGGGCAUCUACGUCUUCGGGGAGCUGCUGGACAUGCCGGCCGUCCGCGAGCUGGCCGACUCCGAGUUCUCUCCCGUCUUCCACCUGCUCACCAUCUUCGCCUAUGGCACCUACGCCGACUACCUGGCUGAAGCAGCAAACCUCCCUCCCCUGACAGAGGCUCAGAAGAACAAACUGAGGCACCUGUCAGUCGUCACUCUGGCUGCCAAGAUCAAGUGCAUCCCCUAUUCGGUGUUGCUGGAGCAGUUACAGCUGAAGAAUGUCCGGCAACUGGAGGACCUCGUGAUCGAGGCGGUGUAUGCAGAUGUGCUGCGAGGGAGCUUGGAUCAGCGGAACCAGCGCCUGGAGGUGGAUUACAGCAUUGGGAGGGACAUCCGGAGGGAGGAGCUAAGCACCAUCACCCGCACAUUGCAGGAGUGGUGCCAGGGCUGUGAAGUUGUCUUGUCUGGCAUUGAAGAACAGGUUAGCCGAGCCAACCAACACAAAGAACAACAGCUGGCACUUAAGCAGCAGAUAGAGAGUGAGGUGGCAAAUCUGAAGAAAACAAUUAAAGUGACAACAGCAGCUGCUGCUGCAGCCACAUCUCAAGACCCGGAACAGCACCUCACAGAGCUCAGGGAACCUGCUCCUGGCACCAACCAGCGCCAGACCAGCAAGAAGACUUCCAAAGCCAAAGGGCUCCGGGGCAGUGCGAAGAUUUGGUCUAAAUCAAACUAGUUGGAUCUCCCUUCACAGGUUGGAGGGUGAGAGGAAGAGACUUGGGACUCUUGCUGCCCCUCCACCUCCUAAGUGUGAUGCUUCUGAGCUCGUUUCUGAGAUCUGUCUUGCCAACUAAUUUUCCUGCAUGUUCUCUUUUCUGUCUUCUUUACUUCCUUUCUGGGCAGUGCUUCCCACCUUUUAAUCAUGUCACACUCUAAGCUUCCAGUUGAAUGCGUUACUGUUUCCUCUACCCCUCAAGGUUCCAUCACCACAAUCACAUUUCUUUCUUUAUCCCUGUCUUUUGGCAGGUAAAUUUAAAGAGUCAUAAAGUCUGUCUGUCACCUUUGCAUCUGUAGGGCAUCACAGAAGCUUGGAAAGAGUGCAGUGGUGCUCAGCAAUCAUUUUGGCUCUCUGAGACCCCUGGGACACCUUGUUCCAGGAUGCAGCUGCCAUCUUUGAUUGUUUAAUCUUUGUUUUGCUAGGUGGGAGGGUAGUUUUUGAAGGGAUUCUUUUAAAAGAAUAUAAAUAUAUUAUAAAUAUAUAUAAACAAUAAAAAUAUAGAUCUAUGGACAUAUCUAUACAAA